UAAUAUCUGAGAAGAAAGUGUUUGCUCUCAACGUUGAUUGUUUUCUUUGUCCUUCAUUCAUUCGGUGUAUUGCCAUCUAUUCGAAAAUGGGCAAAGCAGGCCGCGUUGCGUGUAUUGGGCUGCCAUACCUAUUAACAAUAGGCUCAUUGGUUGCCCUCAUAUUUGCGGGCAUUGGAUCUACUGAUGAAGACUCCUCUACUCUAAACAAGAUUUACUUUAUGAGAGCUGAUCUGUCAAAUGUCACUGCGGCUGAAGCAAGUAAUUUCGGAGACCGGCUACUGAAUCUUACGUCGAAUGCUAUGAAUAAUGCCACGGAAGAGCUUGCCGCAGCCAUCGAAGAGGCAGAGAAGGCGUCUGAACUGCGAGACUUUUACGACGUUGGCUUGUUCGGCUACUGCGAGGGAGAAAAGCACAGCGGCAGCUUUGACGUGGACUUUUGCAGCAAGCCCGUUGGCAGCUUCUGGUUCAAUCCGCUUGUUGUCUGGCACUUGAACGUUAGCGGCGUUGACGAUUUGUUCCCCUCUCACCUCCAGUCCAACUUGAAGACAUACCAGAAGGUUUCUCACUGGAUGUUUGUUGCGUACGUGCUUGCGUUUGCUACCAUUGUUGUGCAACUGCUGGUGGGCAUUUCGGCCAUUUUCAGUCGUAUUGGAAGCAUCUUUACAACCAUUGUGUCUGCGGUCGCGACCGGCUUCCUCAUCGCUGCAAACAUCACGUCAACGGUUCUCUUUGCCACGCUCGUUGGCGUCUUCAAUUCGUCGCUGAAGGAAUAUGGCGUAAAGUCCAGCUUGGGCGCCAACGCUUUUGCCGCGUCGUGGCUCGCUCUCGCCCUGUCCAUGGUCAGCACAUUCUUCUGGCUUUUCAGCUCAUGUUGCUGCUCGGGCCGUACCGAAGCUCGACGCGCUCCCGUCCAGGGCAGUUACGAAAAGGUCGAUUUCGGAAAUGGCGGCGCAGCCUCUCAUCACGGCCAUACUUCUGCACCAGCACCUACUUUUGCAAACACCAACACUGCGUACGAACCCUAUCGCCAUCAAGGCUAACGGCCGUAAUCUUUGUGUUGCAGAAAUUACACAAUGUAUAUAUAUAAUAUAUCCUUUUGUCUUAGAAUAGAAUUGCCGUUGAUCUGGAUUUGAGACUGGUUAGGUUCAUUCCCGGUGGCAAGGUUUACUCGAGUUGCCCACCCUGUUCAAUACUCUGGCGUCGGGUACAUGUUGAUGUUAGAGAUUUUAUACUUGAUUAUAUCCCAAAUAAACUACUUGUUUUAGUUCACGCAUA